UGCCGCGCAUGCGCAGAGUCACUUUUCCGCCUCAGGACUUCCUCAUUGGGAGCUCUCGGUGCAAACUGUCUCUCAGUUUGACGUUUCAGGCGCAAGCUUCAUUCUUCUUUUCUUGUUCCUUUUUCUUUGAGCGCCACAGAUGUCCAAGCCUCCUCCCAAGCCGGCCAAGCCAGGCCAAGUCAAGGUUUUCAGAGCCUUGUACAACUUUGAUCCCAGAACACCAGAUGAGUUGUACUUUGAGGAAGGUGACAUCUUGUACAUCUCUGACACAAGUGACAGUAAUUGGUGGAAGGGAACAUGCAGAGGAAGGACGGGGCUAAUUCCAAGUAACUAUGUUGCGGAACAGGCAGAGUCUAUCGAUAAUCCAAUGCAUGAAGCAGCUAAAAGAGGUAAUCUCAGCUGGCUGAGAGAAUGUGUUGACAACAAGGUUGGAAUUAACGGACUGGAUAAGGCUGGAAACACUGCUCUCUACUGGGGAUGCCACGGAGGACAUAAAGAUGUGGUGGAGUUGUUGCUAAGCCAGUCCAACGUGGAGCUCAACCAGCAGAAUAAACUUGGGGACACUCCGCUGCAUGCUGCAGCCUGGAAGGGUUACUCUGACAUUGUGGAAAUGCUGCUCAACAAAGAUGCACGGACGGACAUCAGGAACAAUGAGAAUAAACUGGCUCUGGACAUGGCCACCAACGCCCAGUCUGCGUCACUCCUCAAAAGGAAGCAGGGAAGCAACGUUACCCGCACGCUCAGCAAUGCUGAGGAGUAUUUGGACGACGAAGACUCGGACUGAGCCGGCAUCGCUGAAACAUUUUCAAGUGCCUUCCAUGAAUUUUGCGGGGAGGGUUGUGGACAUGUGAAAGCUCUAUUUAAGACCAAAACGGUUGUUUCAUUGUAGUUCAGUAACUUUGUUCAAGCAUUCAACCCUCCACAUCUGAGUGGGAAUUUCCGAUUAAAUCCUUUACAGUUGGACCUUUUCCUCGUGUGGGGAAGGUUCUUGGAAUAUUGGGAGAAACGCUGUGAAGAGAAAAUAUGUACAGAAAGGGAAAAGUGACCAAAGAUAUCAAGACCAAUUGUAAACAUGCAGUUUGUUUAUAUAUAUGGAAAUAAAAGUGUCCUUGAAAAAAGAAAAAAAAAUUUGGUUUAUGUCUAGUUGUAAACUUUACUUCCUGAAGUGGAGGCUUAUAAUUGGGUUAACUUCCUGUCACUUCAAUUAGUGAUGUGCAUAGAUUGCUUUUGUGGUUGAAGUGUCACCUUUUGUCUUGUAUUAUGGUUUAUAAUGUAACCACUUGCAAAAAAAAAAAAACUACUUUCACUUCACUGUUACUACAGACCUCAUGACAGUAACUUUAUAUUGAUCAGCUUCGUAAGGUUUCAUUAUCCGUCUGAUUUCCAACUAAUUAAAAAUGCUUUAAAAUA